AUGACGGAAAAGAUUCCAAUUGUCGAUUAUGUGUUAGUUUAUGAAUGGGAACCGGGAAUCAUCGAUCCCUACGCAGAACAGAGACUGAAGUUUCUGAGGGAUGUAGAAAACACCGGGCUGCGAGUGGACCACAGUGUUGUCGGGGAGAAAGGACUGACAGCUGGGCCAACAGAUAAUUACCAGAUCGUUAAAAUCUAUGCACCGUUUGAACUUUUGAGCCGGACAGCUGAGAGAAUGAAAUUGAAAAUGCCUUUGGCUGAGAUCAUUGAUAUGGAAGACAAACGAAAAGGACCCAGUACCGAUCACUACAGCACUGCAGUCGACACAGGCCAGCAGUCAGAGGUUAUUGAAUUGAAAAUGGCUGGGUGUUUUCAGAGAUUCAUGUCCCAUUUUAAGACUGAAACUGUAGUCAACUAUAUCAGUGCACAUUAUGAACAUGAGAAAAGACAUCUAUUUAAAGGAAUUGAAAAUGAAGAAGCAUUUUUUCGUCCUGCACUGAGAUCUCUCAUUGACAUGAAUGAUACCAGCAAAGCCAGCGUUAAUAACUCAUCCUUAAAUCACCUUUGUGAAGGAAUUGAUGAGCCACCUUCUGAAAGUGCUGCAUUUCUGCAGGUGAAGGUGCUCCCACAAUGCUGUUUGGGGAGUUUCAGGACUCACACCCUAUGUAUAAACUGUUACAAUGCCAGCAGUAAACUGGAUGAAUCUUUUCGUAAAUACAACUACAAAGAAAUCUGUUCUUCCCCAGACUUGAUCUCAGGAACGGUGGAGAGCUCUUUGAAGAUACUUAGUGUACAUUCAGGUGACUUCUUUAUAAUAAUUCAAUCUGCCUUGGAUAAUGAUGCCACACCGUGGUUUGGCCUUAUCGUUUGCCUGUGGGGAACAAUUUUUCUGGAACUGUGGAAAAGAAUAAAUGCUAAAUUGGUGUAUGGAUGGGAUGUUGAGAACUUUGAAAAUGAUGAGCCAACCAGACCGGAGUUUUAUGGAACAUCUCCAGACCCAGUUACUGGUGACGAUGAACCUUACUACCCAGAUACUCUGCGACGUACAAAAAUGCUACUCUCACUUUUGGUUGGGAUGCUGAUGGUCUUUGCAGUAAUCGCUAGUGUCAUUGCAGUGGUUAUUUAUAAGACCUGGAUAAGAAUUAGAGUUAAAACUUCCAACUCAUUUGUCAGCUUUUUGUUGACCACUGUCGGCGCCUCAUUUCUAAAUGUGGUGUCCAUUAUAAUCUUGGGAAAGAUAUAUCAUUUAAUUGCAGUUAAAAUGACAGAUUGGGAAAACUACAGGACUCAGACUAACUAUAAUGAUGCUCUGAUACUAAAACUGUUUGCCUUCCAUUUUGCUAACAGUUAUUCAUCACUAUUUUAUAUUGCGUUUCUGAGAAAGAAUAACCAGAAGUUUUUUCAAAUGAUUGGACUACCUGACUUUGAAGAUAACUGCGGAGACUUGAACAAUUGUGUAUCAGAACUUAGCGUUCAGGUUCUUAUGCUCAUGAUCUUCAAACUAUGUCCCAAGUUGUUGACAGAUAUUUUCUCUUUACCAUCACAAAAGCAGAUGACACUUUCUUCUGUGGAUGAUUAUAUAAUUAAAGAACAUCUGAAACCAGAUCUUGGUGAUUUCACGUUGGAGGAAUACACAGAAAAGGUCAUACAGUAUGGUUACCAAAUGCUUUUUUCGAUCUCAUUUCCUCUGGCACCACUUCUUUUCUUUAUUACCAUUUUAUUUGACGUACAUGUGGAUGCCAAGCGGCUGCUAUGGAUGUACAAACGGCCAGUUGCUUUCAUGGCUCAAGAUAUUGGUCAUUGGCUGACUGUCUUAGAUCUUAUAAAUGGAGUGGCAAUAGUGACCAAUGCCUGCCUGAUUGCUUUCAACACAGAAUUUGGGAGGGAGAGACCCUUUUAUGAACAGCUGAUCAUUCUAAUAGUUAUUGAGCACUUAGUGUUUGUAGUGAGAUUUCUGCUAUCAAAUAUGAUACCAGAUGUACCACAGCACAUACAGCUAGCAAUGAGGAGGGAGAAAUACCAAGUGACAACAAAAAUGAAAGGUUAUCCAAGCAGCCUUCAUCGAUUCCGAUAA